GCUGGUAGGGGACCCCAGUGCCCCCUUGGAGACCGAGGGCUGAGGGUGAUAGGACGGCCCAUGCAGGUGGCUAUCGGGCUCGGGCCAAGCCGCAAGUGCAGCCCAGAGGACACAUUUCCACAAGCAUCCCUGGAGAUGAGCACCACAGCAUCCUGGUGCCACAGGGCCGAUGGUUUCGGCAUCAGAGCCAGGGCUGUGUGAAGGUGUGCCAAUAGGCAGAGCCUCCCCCAGGGCUCUCACCCCAUCGUUAUCCCCUCCCUGCCCACAGCCAGCGUGCAGGAGCCGGCCCCAGGCCAGCCAGGCACUUUCUCACACUGUUAAUCUCUAAUUAAGCAUUUAAGGAGGUUCUCACCCAUAAUGAAAGGGAAUGACACUCUGCCCUGCGUCACCAGCGGGGCCACAUCCCUGCCCCUGCCCGGGGCCUUGGAGGCACUGGGGACAUGCAGCAACCCCAUGGCCCCACUGUGCCACCACCAGGAAUGCACCAAGGGGGGAACCCUGCCUGCUCCACUCUCCUGGGUCUUGGGGGAUCCUGUGGCUCACCAGCACCAAGACCUACAGCCCAUAGUUCUCCUACCUGCCCUUUGGGGGGGUAUGGAUCCCAAUGCCACUCUCACCCCUGGCUGGGUAGAGUGGGAGCCUGCCUUUGCACACAGUGCUGGAAAGGAUUUGGGAUCCACCAGUAACAUCCAUCCCUGCUCCACCCGCAGCUACGGGCAGCACGUCCAGCACUUCAAGGUGCUCCGUGAGCGCAAUGGCAAAUAUUUCCUCUGGGAGGAGAAGUUCAACUCCCUCAAUGAGCUGGUGGACUUCUACAGGACCACCACCAUCGCCAAGAAGCAGCAGAUCUUCCUUCGGGAUGACGAGCAGAGCCCAGAGGUGAGAAGACCCAAAUUCGUGCAAGCCCAAUUCGACUUCUCUGCCCAUGACAGCUCCCAGCUGCCCUUCUACCGCGGGGACAUCAUUGAGGUGCUGGACUGCCCAGACCCCAACUGGUGGCAGGGAAAGAUCUAUGGACGCAUCGGCUUCUUCCCCCGCAACUACGUGCACCCCAUCCGCAAGUGAGCCGCCCCCGCCGCCCCGCUUCGUGCAUCCCCCCACCCCCACGCCAUCCCCGUGGGCUGCAGACCCUGGCGGUGCCAUCUGCGGAUGCUGUGCUGGGGGGCAGAGGCUGCCCCACUCCCAGCGCUGACAAAUACCCAGAUGUGAAGAAGCAGAGGGCUGUGUGACACUGAGGGCUAUUCAGACUUUUGUGGAGUCACAGUGGGUGGCAGCUCCUGGCCAGGACCCCUCCAGCCCCAGCUCCAGGAGGGCUGCAGGCAGCUGGGAUGCAGCUGGGCUCGGGAAUGCUGCGGAGCAGUGCUGGGGCACUGGGUGCUGGAAGGGCGGCUCCAGAGGAAUUCAGUCCUGCUGAUGCCAUUUGUAGCUGCAAAUUGUAGCUUUUUUAUUUUUUUUUAUUUUUAUCUAGAGUUAGUAAAGUGUGUUGGGAUUAAA